CUGCGGGCACCGAGUCAACUGGCGGAACAGCGGGCACCGAGUCGUCUGGCAAGAGUGCGGGCACCGAGUCGUUUGGCAAGACUGCGGGGCACCCGAGUCGUCUGGCAUUGGAUCGUCUGGCUCGACAGCGGGCAUCGGGUCACCAGGUAUGACAGCGGGCACUGGGUCACCAGGCAUCAGGUCAUUUGGCUCGCCAGUGGGCACCGCGUCAUCUGGCAAGGCAGUGGGCACCGAGAGUCACCAGGUACGACAGCGGGCUCUGAGUCAAUUGGCACGACAGCGGGCACCGGAUCAGGUACCGGAUCAUCUGGAUCAACAGCGGGCAUCGAGUCAACUGGCCUAAUAGGAUCAUCAGGCUGGAUCAGCUGAGUAGAGGCAUCAGGCUGAGUAGAGGCAUCAGGCUGAAGAGAGGCAUCAGGCUGAGUACAGGCAUCAGGCUGAAGAGAGGCAUCAGGCUGAAGAGAGGCAU